CAGAUAUAACGCGAUAAAACAAAUUUCGAAGCUAUAUGGAUGCAAGUUCUUAAUCUUUUUAUAUUAAAAGCAAAUCACAACAGCAACUGUCUACAAUCAACAAAGGGCAAGAAAUCAACCAUGGCACAAGAAAAUGAUGAUACGGCCGUUAAUCGCACUGACCACGAAAUCAGUUUGCUAUUAAAUCAUCUCAAAAACAUGCCGGACCAUAUGAAAAUUUUUUGCUCGUCAUUGGCAUCACUCUUCAACGAGGCGAAAGUCAGUAGCAUUACGGGUGGCGAAAAUGGCGUUUCUGAUGUUGUAGGUAUGUUUGACAUCGCUGAGAAAUUCAAAGAUAUCAGGGAAGAAACAAGAAAGGACGCAAUCGUAUAUCUGCGCGCUAACCUACCGAUUGUGAAAGAGUUUUCGCUCUCAGUUAGGGAUUGUCUGGAGCACUACAAGUUUUUAUCAUUUGAAAAAUGGCACACAAUCUUUCCUCGCAUACUCAGUGAAAUAGAAAAGAGCGAAGCACUUGCGCAGACUAUUUAA